UUUCCUGCCAGAAGCAGUGAUGGAGACACAAACGGAUCCAAGAUCUGAAAGAAAGCACAUUCCCAACACAGACUUUAGAUGGAAAGUGAAUAUUCCUGAGCUGGGUGACCUGCCACCCAUCACUAAAGCUAAGGACAUCGCUAUUAAACAAUACGACUCAAAAUGUAAAUGUUUGAAAGGAAGAAUAUGUUUAUUAGAAAUCUUCGUAAUAGAGAGCUUGGCUAGAAAAGCAGUGGAACCUGGAAAAACUAUAAAGGAACAAGUCAAGGAAACCACAGAAAAACCAGAGAACUCAAAAACAACUAAUAUAUACGACGAAACAACAAGAAUAAACCACACUGAACAUGAAGGAAAUCAGAAACCGGAGGAGACAGUCGUACCCUCACCUCCCCCGCUCAAAAUGAUAACAACAGAACGCAUAACAGACACAACUACAGCAAACACAAAGAUUAAAGACACAACAAUAAGUACGGAAGUCAUCACUCAAAGCAGCGCACACGAAGAUGAUGGACAGCCGAGCGCAGAGAAGAGACCGACGACCGGAAUGAGUCCAGAGCCCGAGGCACACACUGAGCCAGGACUUUUGAAGAAUGAAACAGAAACUACGCAAGCAACGACUGUGAAGCCAUUCUCGGGCCUCAGGAUGAGAGAAGACGUCCUAGAAAAUCUAACCAAGUUUCUGAAAGGCGCAGAGAGUGAAGAAGAAGCUUUAAAAAGCAGGACAGAAACUGAAAGAAAGGAAGAUCAAAAUGAUCCACGAGUGGGAUCAUUUACAUUUUCAACACACUUGGAUUUAAUUCACACAGAGCCCCCAGACAAGCAUGCAAAAGUUUCAGGAGACACUGUGCCGCUUUGUGGAGGUUUAAUACAUCGCACGAAAGCUGGCUGGAAACACUGCAAAGAGAGACUCGGAGGAACAAAGAUGUUUGCUACAAGGCAUCCUAUGGUUCCAGGUGAGCUGCAGACAGACCCUAUCAGAGAUGAUGACAACAGCCGACGUAAUGAUGAAGAAAACGAUCACUUCUAUUAUUUUGACGGAGUCCUCAAAAGAGUUCAAAACAAUUAUUACCCCCACUACAAGAGAGAGACGCACAGUGGCGUUCCCACAGAGAGACAAAAAAGAGACACUCGUGAAAAUCUUCUCAGUUAUAUUCUGCGACUUACGUUAAGGAAUAGGGGUCAGUGACUUCAAAAGAUUAGGUGCUGAAGAUGAUUUCUAGAGACAUGAUCAGUAGUGUCUGAAAAUAAGUGAAAUCCACAAGGUGACCAAAGGACCUGAACCCUGGAGAAUGAAAGAAAAAGUGUCCACUAACAAGAGCUUUAUCCACAGGACAGCAAGUGGAAAGCAAAGUCCUGUUUGAAGGGUCCAGUAAGCUGGAUCAUGCAAAACAUCUAACUUCUCUUUAUAUCCAGUUAAUUACUGACAGUCUGAGGACCUAACAGGACAGAAAGUGAAAUUCACAGUGAAGAUACUGUGAACCUGAAUUGUACUGUUAAAAAAACGUAUUUUCUACCUCUGAAUAUAACUUAUAAGAACGUAUAGAGAGAUUUGUCUAAAUGUGUUCACAUUUUGACUUGAUGCACUUAAUUGUGCAGAAGCCAACAGGGGCUGAAGUUUGCACUUUGUAUUAUAAUAGACUUCACAGAGUAAUUAUAAUUAAUAUAAUAUAAUUAUUCAGCCUUUCUGUUUAGCAGAACAAAACAAAGCAUUUAUUUUCCACCACAGCCUUUGUACAUGACUUGUGGUAUUUACUUUGAUACUUUACCUGUAGUGAUUGUAUAUACUGGGUAAGGGAAAACAAACACAAAAUACAACAGUUACUGUGUAUAAAUUGUCUAGACUGGAUAUUUCUACUAUUUGUCACCUGAAUUUGGAGAUGUUUCUGUGAAUUGCGACUUUGUGAAACAUGUACAGUUAGGUCCAUAAGUUUUUAGACAAUGUCACUUCAUUUUUAUUUAUUUAUUUGUAGUUUUGCCUCUGUACACCACCACAGUGGAUUUCUAUUGAAACACUCAAAAUGUGUUUGAAGUGGGCUUAGUUUGUUUACUUAUUUAUUUUUAAUUCUUGGAAGAAAACGCUUUUGGAGUCAACGACGACCCGAAGUCUAGAAUCCAUGGGCAUAACAAAUUGCUCUUUCCUCCCUUAAGAUGCUCUGCCAGGCCUUUACUGCAGCCAGGCCUUUGAUUUGGCCACUCCCAAAGUUUUUGCUAUCUUUGUGACACAUUUAAUUUAGUUUUUCAGCCUUUUGGGGAUCUCCUUUGCUGUCAUCAACAUUUCUUUGGGCCUCAUAUUGAGAGUUUUAAUGAAAGCAAAUUCAAGUUCAACUGGAAUCAGUGCCACGUCUUUUAUUUGCUUGCUCUGUCACAGACUAACAAGAGAAAAGGCCUCAUCUGUCAAAAUCUACAUGAAAAACUGCACUUUAGUCACAUCUUAAUUCUUUGAUAGUUUAAUUUUAAUGGUGGUGUACAGAGACAAAAAUUGUGUAACUGCCUGAAAACUUCUGGAUCUAACUGUUUGCACACAGUGAAACAGGUUUUCCAGUUCCUGUUUACAAAAUGCAAAAAACAAGUUAAUUUAAAGCCACUUAAUGUCUUUUAAGUACUGUAUUUCCAUUUCACUCCCACCUGGUUCUAGCACAUGGCAAAAUGAAACACCUUAAUGGUAGGGCGUCUUUAAUGGUUUUGUGUAUCUCCUAGUCAAACUGUCUAUAAAAAAUAAAUAUUAUAUUGUCUCAUUGCUCCAUGACUAUAAACAUUUCUAUUUUGUAUUAAUGAGUUAAUGAUAAUGCAUAGAUUUAGGGUGAUCAUAUUUAGUCAAUGUAGUAUUUAAAGAGGGCUAUCUCCAGGGUUAUUGUCAUGUCUAGUGCUUUAUUUUUAAAAUAAAAGUGUUUAGGAGUUACAUGCAUCACACUAUUGAUAAAAUCCACAUAACUACAUUGUUAGAAUUAAAAUCUAGUACAUAGUUUGAAAUCAACACUUUUGACACACUGCUGUGUCUUGCUGCUAGGUCAUCCUAAAUUACAGACGUAUAGACUCCAGAGGGCUAAAAGCCCACUUCCUUCUGAUUGGCUGUCCUCUGGAAGCAUGAUGAGGGGGGACGCACAUGAUGCUUGUAAGCUGAAAUACUGGUACCUGUUUGCCAAAGUGCUCUAGGUGACCGUAGUCUGAAGCCAGGAUUUGUAUGUAAAUGAUGUAUUAUGACUUGAAAAAUGUAACAUAAAAAUCUCAAGUUGUGACAUUAUGAGCCUGAUUCACCAACAUGUUGUACCAGCGUAAGGUGAAUUUUGGGUUAAAUAAAAAGCAUUGAGGGUAUUUACAAAGAGAGUCCAGUAAGAGGUGGGAACUUUUUGCCACCGACCCUGGUGCAUACGUAUUUCCUUUGUCAAGGCACAAAGUAUGGCACAGUAUCGGGAAGAUAAUGUUUAAAUCAAGCGCAAAAACAGAUUUACUGUUUGUUACACACAGUUUGCUGCCAACUGCACCAAUCUCUAAUG